AUGGGGCUUCCAGUAACUUCUAGUGAGAAGAGAAGUGGGCGAGGAAGACCUAAAUCUAAACAGACCGGAAUGAUAUCUAUACCCCCACCCAGACCAAAUGAGGAAUCGAGUUCAAACUAAAGUCUUUUAAAUUUUGAUGUGAAAAGAAUUGAAAAUCAUAGGAAUACUGUUGAAGAAGAAAGCAGCUCAGACAUUGAUCCAGAUUUAGAAAAUGAAAAUGAUAGCUCCUCCAAUUAAGUUAACUUCAAUAAUGAAAAUGGCAGUAGCAUUGCACCUAAUGAUAAUAAAACUCCAACUACUGGUAUUAUAAAAGGAUCAAUUUUAGAUUAAUUGUAAGCUAGUCUGACUUCCCAUAUUUAAUAGUAAGAGUCAUUAGUAGAAGAAUAGUGCAAUGAACAGCAAGAGGAGUGUAAUGAUUAUUUUACAUAUGGGGAAACAUAACAGUAAACUCAACAAUAAACUCAAAAAUAAUAAUAGCAGUAAUAAACUCAAUUAUAAUCUUAAUCAUUGUUUCAAAAAUCUUAGGCAGCCGUUCAAUAGUAAAAAUUGAAAAAAAGAAAAAGAGAUUUUAUCAAUAAUAAUAAAGAAGAUGAGUAUGAUGACUAUCAUUCAUAUUCGUCUUAAACUUAACGAAACCCUCAUGGAACAUAAUCAAUUACUCUAGAUGAUCUACUAAAUCCAGAAUAAUAAAAACUUAAUGCAAAAAAAAAGAAAAAAAAUCCAGAUUAAUAUAAUUAUGAAGAUAUUAAAAAUAACACAAAUCAAGCUGAAAUUGAGAAGGAAGCUAGUAAAAAUAAAAAAUCUCUUUUUGGGUAAUAUUUUGUAUUAAAUCAUGAAUAGUCAUAAGCUAGAGGACCAAAUCAUUUAGAGACUUAGAGAUUAGAAGGGGAUUCUAUAGCUGAUAUUUUGGUACAAGAGCAAAACAGAGGCAAUGAAUUUAAUAGCGAAGAUUAAUUUUCACUAAGGCAAAUUGUAUCAAGUUAAGAGCGUGCUGAGAAAUAGGCACUUGCUAGAAAACUAUAUAAUGAUGCUAAUAACUUUUAAUCUUUCAAUUCAGUAUAGGAAAACUAAAUUGAGUUGUUGGAAGCUAUGCAAUAUCUCUCUGACCCAAAUGUGAUUAUGAUAGAUACUCAUGAAAAUAAAAUGUCAGGUGAGACUAAAACAUUUUGCUUCUUUGACGUGAAAAAGAAAGUACUGCUAAAUGCCCUUAAUCUAGAGUAAAAUGGGAAAAACUUUCUAUAAGUUGUUAAUUUUUCAGAUAGAGUAUUUUUAAUUGAGAGAAUUGUAAUAGCAACAAAGUCUUAAAAGCUUAUAAUAUAUGAGUACAUCAGAGAAAGUGGAAAUCUUAAUCUUAUCUUUGAAGAAACAGACCAUAAAAAAAUUAAGCCAGUCUGCUUUGGCCACAAAACUAGGCUAUAUAUACUUUUAGUAAAUACUAAGAGUAUCUUAUAUGAUUUUUCUAAUAAAAUGAAGAUAAUUUUCGAUAAAUUAGGAUUUCAAGUAACUAAUAGCAAUGAUCUAAAGACAAUAGUUGUAAAUGAUAGAGAACUUUAUCUAUUUCAUUGUUCUAAGUCUAGAAGCUAAGGUGAGAUAUUCACUAUAGAUUUAUUAACUUUAGCAUAAUGGAAAAGAAUAGAAAUUAAAACAGAUAAUAGGCCAAAGGAUUUGAUUUAGUUUGGAAUGCUGCCUUAUAGAAAAUAAAAUGAUGCCAAAUACAUAGUAUUACUCUUCGGAGGAACAUACAAUACUCUUAGAUAAUGUUUCUUAUUUGACGAUUUUAAAAAAGAUAUCAGUCGAGUCUCAAUUUAUUCAGGAGAUAUAGAUAAAAUCUUGACAAAUUAAGUUUUUAUUGCAGAGGAUGAAAUAAUAGCUUUUGGGGAGAAUCGAAUUCAUUUAUAUGAUAGGAAAACUUAGAAGUUUAAGGCCAUGUGCUAUGAUUUCCAAUAUGAUGAAAAUGCCGGAGGAAUGAGGGAUAGUGAUGAACCUUAGUUGUAUGAAGAGGAAGAUAGGCAUUAUUUCGAAUAAUUAAGCCCAGGAAAAAAAGAAAAUAAAUAAAACUCAGAAUAAGAUAGAUAUUAUAGAGAAACCUAGGAUUAAAGUCAAGGAAGAGAUAUAGAUAUUAAAGCUAUCAGGGAAUUUGAUAGUUAAUAUUCCAGCACAUCAAGUGCUAUGCCUUCUUAAAUUCAUAAUCUUUUACAGCAAAAUAAUAAUAAUGAUGAAUUGAUGCCAGAUAUAUCUUAAUGUGCUAACUUAGACGACCUUUGUAAUUGA